AUGUUCCGUCUCACGAGGGAGGCAUUCAGUGGAAUGCAAGCGAAAGGGUUCAAUGCCGCGUCCACAUCGCACCGAAAACGGCAGAUGAACGGCCGUGCCAAGUGUAUGACACCGCAUCAGUCAGCGUUCACAAAUAAAGUUUCUGUACGAGCAAUUGCAUGUCAAAAGACUUGGCCUCCAGUCCAAGACCGAUACCGUAGGGCCCGUUCCCCAGUCCAUUCAUGGUAUGGGAUCAGCAAGCGAGAAAGUCUGGCUCUCGGAAAAGACCAAGAAUCAGGGACGACCCAGGACUUCGCUUCCCCGACUUGCACCUACGUACUGGGUUGUAGGGCUGACUGGCACAUGGACGCCCACCACCAUGUCAGACGAACGACGACUAGGGACGCAUCCGGAAAAGACGUCAAGACCGAUGAGCCUUCAAUCUUAAUGAACAAAGUCUCGGGGAGAUAUCCUUUCCUCAAAACGCGGGAUCUACAGGCUGGGCAAGAGAGACAAGCAUGCGCGGCAGAGCGAAAAGAGGGCGAAGACACGAAGACACCAACUCGACAGACUGGAUGGAUGAUCAAUCAUCACGUCACUCCCCCCAUGACUCGCCAGCCGCCCGCAACUCCACGUCUUGGGCCUCAGGCAUCAACAACGUCUGGGGACCGUGGUUCCUCUCCCCCUCCCCCUCUUCCCCUGACUUUUGCCGAGUUUCACCACUACCGUAGGUAUGUAAUAACGCCGCAGGCCGCGGCCAGCAUCGUUGCGAAAAUCUCCCGCUACCUAUAUGCGCGAGCGGAUAACGGCACGCCCGGUAAAGUACCGGCAAAAGGAGCCAAGAACAGGCGGAUGGAUGGGUUGCAUGGAUUGAUUAAGCGCGCUCGUGGGUGUGUGGCCUAG